CUACAUUUUUUAAAUGGUGGAAAUCCAACAGUACCAGCAGCCCUCGUGUGUUCGCUUUUGUUGACAAAAAAAGAUGGUCACGCUGGCGUGGGCCGUAUCAUCAGGAGUUUUACUCUUCUUCGUAAAGGGCUGCAGUUCAUCUGUUCUUGACUUAGGAAAUAUGUUGAGAGUAAUGACAGGUCGGAAUCCCUUAGAUUUUGUAAAUUAUGGAAACUGGUGCGGACUCGGCGGAAGUGGCCCCGUAGUGGAUAAAAUCGACAGAUGUUGUAAAAUGCACGACUUCUGCUACGAUAAGGCCUCGGAUACUGUGUGCGGAGAAGAAAGACCGCAUCUGGCUGCAUACACUUGGAAAUAUGCAGCAGGAAAAAUUCAUUGCAAUAAAGUUGACCGUCCCUGUGGCUUAGCAUCCUGUCGUUGCGAUGCAAAAUUUGCAAUUUGUGUUUCUAUUUACAAGGAUUCCUAUGACCCUCGAAAUAAAAGGACCAGACCUAUAUUCAGCAUUAUAUCCAACAUUGCACAGUUGCAUCCGACCAGGAAAAGCAGUGAAUCUGGCAUUUCCAUACGAAUUGGAUGAACAUUUAUCCUUAGUCAACUGCAAAUAUGUGUGCCAGGACAUAUUACAUUCUAUGAAUGUAACUAAUUACAAUAAUCUAUCAGUUUAAUUGCUGAUGUGAAAAUUGUACAUAAGUGUAUCAACGUGAUGUUUUUGUUUGAUAUCAUUUGUUACAUGCAA